CUCACUCUAAAGAGAAGGAAUGGGGAAUUGUAUCGGGAGGAAGCGAGCAGUUCAGCCUUUGAACCACCGCCAAGAGGAGGAGGAUGUUAAAAUUAUCCAUGGUAGUACCUCAUCAAACAAGUUAAGAAUCAAAGUGCGUAUGACUACAAGGCAACUGAAGGAGUUGGCAGCACAGGUGGAUUUGAGCAAAGGUAAUUCGGAGCUUGGUCGUAUGAUCCUGCAACAAUGCUUAGAUGGUAGGCUACGUGCCUGUGUUGUGGGUGGCCAAGGUUUGGUAUCAAAUUAUGCAAAUGCUUGGGCUUUGAGUCCCAUCAAGGAAGAUUAGCGUGUUGAUUUGUGUGCAAGUUAAUUAUCAACCUUUAUAUCAUGAAUAAAAAGGCCUGUCCUUGAUGAUUAA